CAAUUUUUCAAGCAGCUGCUUUAGCGAUUCCAACUUUCAUUGACUUCUACUUGAAUUUAUACAUUUGAUUUCUGAUUGUAAAGAUAAAAAUAAGUACUAUUACCGGUUCCUCCUCCUCCUUUGUUUUAAUAGAAAAGAUCGGCUCAUCUGUUGUAGUUCACCCGGUUUUUUUUGAAACAGAAGCUUUUUGAAAACAAGAACGCCGCCCCAAUUUACUUAGAAAGAGCGUAUCACAUCGCACCCGUUCGUGUCGUUCGAACGAAGAGAACAGGACCGACCGAAGAAUUCGUUUUAAUCUGAUCGACAACAUUUCCAUCAAGAAUUUGGCGUUAGGGAAGAUCGAGGAAUUUUUUCCACCAUGGCGCAGCUACAUCGCAAGAAGACCCUUAUGAGUAGCAAGAAGAAUUCGUGCUACACCGGGACGACUGGAGGGGGCCAGCCGGCUGCGGCUUUGUUGACGAGAGUGGUCGCUCUUGUGCCGAUCUUGUCGUCUGGUUUGGGGUGCAGCUGGUGGUCCACGACCUCCACCGGGGGUCCGCAGGUGGCAAGCGGCGGCCUCAUUGGUGUUGACGCCGUUCAUCUUUCCCGCCGCGGUCCUGCGUCGAGGGCCGAGCAACAAGGCGCCGCGGGGGCCAAGAAAGGCACAUCAAGCACGGUCAGCGUUUUCCAACGCAACCACUUGUUGCACGAGAAAGAGAACGAAGUCGACUACGACCUGUCCUACCAGGACUGGCAGGAGGUACUCACGCACGACAACAAGGACGAGAUCUUUUCCUUCCUGGACCGCUACUACAAGCACGCGAACAAGGAAUUCAAGGUAGAAAUCGGCUCGAGUACCGUCGAUGGCGUGCCCGAAGACUCCUCGGAACUGAUCCAGAUUCUCAAGUUUCUCCACGAGGACAAGGAAGUCGUGAGCACUUUCGGCACGCGGUCCCACCCGACCAUUAUGGCGCAGCAGCAGGCGGACGUCGAGGCCAAUAAAAAACAUCAGAGAACAUCAAGUGAUGGGACCACGAACUCGUCCACGUGGCCCCCGUACAACCGCAAGUACAAGGGCGAAAUUUUGGCGAAGCUGACCGGGGGCGACUGGAGCCGAGCCGAGCUGACCGAUACCAUCUUCAAAGCCUUUCUGGCGAGAGGCGCAGAUGUGACGGCGUGGAAGAUUCUGAAGGACUUGCUCACCAUGAAGGGCGGCUGGACCAUCAAUUACGACGGCUCCUACGCAAUUUUCCUGGCCGGGCGUGAGGAGUCCCUGCUCGCUUCUAGUAGUGGCGGUAGUUUUGUUCUUGUGGCUGCUGCUGGUGCUGCUCGUCCCGGCACCAGCUGCACAACUUCUGUUGAGAUCGCGGGUCGUGUUGAUCAACAUCUACUGCUUCCGGCGGCACAAUCCUUCCUGGCGCCCGGGGGGGAGACGUUGCAGGCCGUGAGCCUGCUGGCCCCGUUGCGGGAGGCCAAGCAAGACGCCGCGGUGGCACUGCUGAAGCGGUUUCUGAAGGUAAGAGAGGGAAUCAGACUAAUAGAAUGGAAUCAGACUAAUAGAAUCAGACUAAAUGUAGAAUCAAACUAAUGGAAUCAGACUAGAGGUAGAAUCAGAAUAGUAGAAUCAGGAUAGAAGAUAGAAUCAAGAUACUAGCAUCAGAAUUAUGCAUGGAGUCUGUGCCCAUAGUCGAAGGUGCUCGCCGCGCAUUUCUUUCUCUCUCGUCUGCAUUGCACCCGUUGUCCCCCUGCGCUUUGGCCAGUCGUUUUCUCAUAAUUUCAUCGCUCGGCUUUGCAUGUUCGCUGCCGCGCAUUUAUUUGGGUUGAGAUGGCCAUGAGACUUCAUUUGCAUGCUGUGUAUGCCUUCGAGUCGAACCACACUUAGACACAAGGGCGCAGGGUUCUGUUGUAAUUCUCAUGAUUGUAUAUCUUGGUUGUGCAUAAGUUGUGAUUGGCGAUCCGUUGCGGCCACCGAUCCCGGGUCGGCUUCUAUCACAAGUGCCGGGACCUUGUUUGCCGAUUUGUUUUCUCGUGACGGCACGGCUGGCAGACCGCACACGGAUCGCGGACGACCGACGACAUGCCGGCACAGGUACUACAGUCUUGCUUUACAUUAAGUGCGGCUACCAUGAUGCAGUAGCUGUGCUCUUUUUUUGGACGCAACUACGGAUGACUUGAAAUGAAGCGCAAGAGAAGUAUGCCCUAUGUCCAUGCAUGAAACCUCGCACCACCACCACGAUGACC